AUGAAUUUUAACAUCAAAGUCACAUUUAACAAUUCUCUAUGCCAUCUUACAAUUGAUAAUAGCAAUAACUUAAUAAUAAUGAAUUAAAUUCAAUUGAUGACAUUUCCUCUAAAUCUAGAUUCAAACAUUGUAUGGAGAUCAGAAAAAAGUUUAUUACGAGGUUUUGAAAUAAAUAAAUUUUUCUUUACAGGAGAUCAUCAUGAUCUAUUAAAACUGAAGAUCAUCUUAGGCCGACUGAUUAUUUAUAAAAAGAUUAAUAACAUGUAUUAUUUUCUUAGCACUCUUGGAAAAGGCAAUUAUUCAUAAGUUUGUUUGCUUCAGUGUAAAAUUACAAAUAAAUUAUUUGCUGCAAAAUGUAUGAAGAAGGAAAACUUAGGUGUUAUUAAUGAUAUUAAAAGAGAAAUAUUCAUUUGGUCUAUGUUGCAACAUAAAAACAUCGCCAAAUUUUAUGAAAUCUAUGAAAGCACUAAUUCCAUUUAUAUUGUUAUGGAAAAACUCAAUAAAUUAAGAAAUGAUUACGAUCAUGAAGAAAUUAAGCUAAUUAUGAAAGUAUAAUCUGAUUUAAUUAAAAUAUUUAGGAUAUUUUAGAAGGCGUUGAAUAUAUUCAUUCUAGAAACAUUAUACAUCGAGAUCUAAAAAUUGAUAAUAUAUUAAUUGAUGAUGAUAAUUAAGUUAAAAUUAUAGAUUUUGGAUUAGCAUGUUAAUUUAUCAAUUUAGAAUCUAGAAAUAUUACAUGUGGAACUCCUGGUUACAUAGCUCCAGAAGUUCUCACUAGUAAACCAUUUGAUUAUAAAUCUGAUAUAUUCAGUAUAGGAGUUGUCAUGUAUUAACUUUACUUUAAUAAACAUUUAUUCCAGGCCGAAUAAGUUGUUGAUAUCCUUAAACUCAAUAAGAAAUUCACUAUUUCUCGAUUAUCCGUACUUAAUAUUCCAGAUUGCGGAUAUUAAUUUUUAAGAAGCUUAUUAAAUCAUAAUCCUCUAUAAAGAAUAACAGCUUCAUAAGCUCUCGAACAUUGGUAUAUGAAUUCAAUCAAAGAGGAUCAUUUUAUUAAAAUUCCUAGAAAUCCUAAUCCAAAAUUCAAAGAUCACAUUUUAUUAUCCUCGGUAAUAUACUCAAAAACUACUAUAACUUCAUUUAACAAAAUUUAUUGA